CCUCAAGGGGCUCUUAAAACCAGUUCUUCCCCCUGCAUUCCACGGAUACACAGGUAAAAUAAGUUUUUCUCUUUCAGGUUGCAAAGAGCACAUCCUGGAAGAUGCAAAGGCUGACUCUAUCAAUGAUGCUACCGACCUGGCCCUGCCACCUGAAAUGCCAAUUUUGAUUGAUUUCCACGCUCUGAAAGACAUCCUUGGGCCACCCAUGUAUGAGAUGGAGGUGAUCAUUCUUUGCUGCUCCUCCCCAAAGGGCCUGGGCCCCAGGACCCACUGGAGGCAGCCAGUGGAAACAGCUUUUGGAAGUUUUGAUCUUCUUGACAACACAGACAUCCAUCUGCACUUCCCAGCUGGAGCUGUCAUGAAAGAUGGACCAUCUGCGGGAGUUACCAUAGUAACCUGUCUCGCCUCACUAUUCAGUGGGCGGCUGGUACGUUCAGAUGUAGCCAUGACUGGAGAAAUUACACUGAGAGGCCUUGUUCUUCCAGUAGGUGGAAUUAAAGACAAAGUUUUGGCAGCACACAGAGCAGGGCUGAAGCAGGUCAUCAUUCCGCGGAGAAAUGAAAAAGACCUGGAAGGGAUCCCGGGCAACGUGCGGCAGGACUUAAGUUUCGUCACAGCCAGCUGCCUGGAUGAAGUUCUCAACGCAGCUUUUGACGGUGGCUUUACUGUCAAGACCGGACCUGGUCUCUUAAAUAGCAAACUGUAGGCCCAAACCUCAACUUUUUAGAAUUUUAAGUUUCAAAAUGCCAAAAGGUACUGACAAGGUUGAUUUUAUCCACACCAGUAGGGUACGCAGAACAUGUCUGCUUUAUCAACACAGUCGCAGCAGUGCUGAGCCUCACUCAGGCAGUGGCUAGUGUGGGUUACAGAAAUAUAUUGAUUUAAUAAAUUGAUAAAAAUUGAA